AUGUUUCUUUCAAAUUUUGGUGUUGAAUUAUGUCACUGUUUCAGUGAAGUAGCUGAUUUCUUAAAGGACGAUUUUGAUACUGAUCUAGCUUGGAUGCCGCUUAAAAAUAAGUGCCUUGAAAUUAAUGAAGGUCAUUAUAUCUAUAAACUAUGUUUGUUCGACAAAGCAUCUCAAAUAGAUAGUGGUGGAGGACCUGAAAUAAAUCUUGGUACAUGGUCAAAAUGGUCUUCUGGAACUGCUGGGGUCGGUAUGCAAAUUUAUGAAAGAGGGCAGUCAUGCUGGAACGGUCCUGAUAGAUCGGCGCAUAUUACUGUAGAAUGUGGAGAAGAUACUAAACUUAUUGAAGUAAGUGAGCCAUCAAAAUGUGAAUAUCAUUUUGUUCUCCACACUCCUGCUGCUUGUCCUGAUCCAGUUACAUUACAGGAUGAUGAGGGACAUGAUGAACUUUAA